UAUUUGGUUUGAGUGAGUGAUGACAUGCCUUUUCUAGACGGCUUGACUUUCGGUAUUGCAUUUUCUCGGUUGCUCCUGCUUUCGGCGGUUAACGCGUGCAGCUGGGACCAACAAGCCCGACGAGGCUUUCUUUUCCUUGCUGUUCCUCAUUGUAUGUAAGCCCGAGCCCGAGGCUGUCAGCGCAAUUGUAAGCCCGAGCCUGAGCCUUUCUCCAUCCCUUUAAGUAAUGUAGAAAAUUCCUUGUCUGUUUUCACCUAAUUUCUCCACUCACACUCUCUGCACACCUCCAUCGCUCAGUCCAGCCGAAACCAGCAUACGUCAAGUUCUUCACCACUCCCUUCGAUGUCGCAGUUUCCUUGGGGGGCUCCCCUGCAGCAGGAUCCGCUCCCGAUGGAAGUGGACUCCUCCACCGGUGGCUGGUCAUGGCAACUCGAGUUGGCGCAUCCUCAGAUUACCCUCCCGCAGCAGCAGGAUUCGCUUCCGAUGUCCAUCGACCCCCUCGGUGGUGGCGGCGGCGAGGACGAAGAAGAGUGGAUUUCGCUACUCAGAUCAUGCCCAUUGCGGUCGCCGCCACGGUCGCUUCUUCCUUUUAGCCCGGCGUCGCCGCCGGACAUCUGGGUGACGCCCUGGGACCCCUAUACAUGGAUUCCCCCCUGCUCCCAUCAGAUUGAACAGGCUGUGGCACUCAUCUUUGCCCGCCUGCAUAGACAGCUGAGACGGCUGAAGAUGCAGAUGGAGAUACCGCUGAGACGACCGAAACGUUCGGUGAUAAUCCAGUAUAACGACGACGACGAUAACACAUACGAUGUGUUAACCGUGGUUCGCAAACCUUAUGGUCCAAAUGACUUCUUAAAGCACUUCAAGUCCAAGAAAGAUGGAGAACUGAAGUAUUGCAUCCAUUGCAACGACGUCUUCCCAUCUGAUACUGACCUCUUCGAUCUGUCUCAAAAUCUUCGAUCUGUCUCAAGGAUUUCUAUCCAGGAAGUUUAUCCUCCGCCCAAAUCUUCUGGGGGAAUUCCAGACAUGGAAACUGCAUUGAAGCUCACAGAAGGAUCAUCGGAGGGUAAUAUUCUUUUGUCGGGGAAUGAAAAGCCAAAAGAAAUAGAUGCCCAGAAAUCAGCAAGUAGGCAUGUUGAAUCACCUGUGGCGUUUGACCAAAGCAACACGCCUCCCGAAAGGAUGCUAGUGGACAAUGGAGAAGCUGCAGCAAGUACAGAUGCUUCAUGGAUAGAUGCUGUUCAAAACUGUUUUGAAGAGACGACCAAGGCGGAUAAACCAAAAGGGACAUUGAAAAAGAAAUGGUCAGCAGUAUGGGAGCACUUCGUCGAGACAAUAAUAGAUGAUACAGUAUGGGCGGACUGCAAACAUUGUAAAAAGCGCUUCGCAGGUGGCACAAAAAAAGCGGGCACUUCUACUCUGCGUAGGCACCUUGACAAAUUGCAUGGCAUUGAAACACCCAAAGCCUCAUCUUCUUCUAAAAAUGAGAAUUUGUGUGGUGUCCCUGCAACUUCGAAGUCGAAGACGCCUACACCAUCGCUGCUGCCUUCACUGGAGCCAGUGGCAUCGGAGCCGCCAGGAAAAACCACGCAACGGAAAAAGACGACAGAUGGGGUCAAUGACCUUGCGACGCAGGAAGUCUGUGCCAGAGGCAAAAGAACCCGGCGCAGGGACAAUCCGAGCUCCUCCGGAGUCACUCCAAGUGAGGUUCCGAGUUCUGCCUCGGCAGCCCCACCACCGACUGUCGGACACGCUGCAGAGGCGACGUCUACCGGGAUGGUGGUUGCAUCCUCCCAAAUCGCCCUCUCAGCUGCUGGGGCAUCAGGGGAAGUCGUACGGUCCAUUGCCGAUACAAUAAUCAAUCCAGGGCCGAAGGACCUCACUAAUGCCAUUUUGCUAAUGAGUCAAGCCGCUGAGGCUGUCGCCCGUGAAAAGAUGCUAUUGCAGGAGAUGGAGAAACUCCGCCAAGAAAACACGGACCAGGCCACGGCUGUGCAUUCCCGCCUGGAGGCCUUGGAGGCCAAGUUAGUACUAGCGGCAGACGAGAACAAGAAGCUCAAAGCCGAGAACACGGCCUUGAGGUCUCAGCCGCAGGAGUCGCCGCACUCGAGGCCAGCCUCCCCGCCUUCAAAGCGCAGCUGAAGGCGAAGGCCCUUUCGGAGCCUGCGGGGGACUGCCAUCGCCGCGGUGGCUGAAGAAAAAUCAAUCCGAGAGAUGGCUUCUGAAACAUGAGAAAACAAAAAGGCUGUUAAGAGUUGUGCUAAACUAGGAAUUGCAUAGAGUUCUACUGAACUUGAAUGUGUUUACUUGAUCACUCUCGCUGUAAGUGUGUGCUGGCAUUUUGAAAAACUUGUCCCUAGGAAAAAAAAAUUGAGCUACUACCUCUGUUCUUUUCUUUU